AUGGCGAGGAUCACCCGUAGAAAAGCGAACACCCCUGAUGUUGGAGAAAGUAUCCCUUUACCUACUAGGCACGGAGUAAGUCAGGAGUGCACGAUGGUUAAUGAAGACUUUGACAAACUCUCUGUAAGUGAGCUUUUGAGUAGUAUCAUUGAGACUAAUAAGGAUCCCAUCAUUGGCAAGAUGCUCAUGGCCCUCUCUGAUAAAAUUUCAAAUAGUUUUUCUGAUUACUUUGAGCGGGAAAAACGUUCACGAAGCAUUGUAAUUGCCGGGGUGGAGGAAAGCAAAAGGGAUCUAGCUCCGUCGGCAAGGCAAAAUGAACUGGAAACCACGGUUGCGCGCAUUUUGGACGCCUUAGACGUGGAAUGUAGGCCUUGCGAAGUUUUCCGUAUGGGGAAGCUGGACCCCAUGAAACCUAGGUUAGUGAAGGUUGUGCUCCCGACGGUCACUCACUGGCGGAGAGCAUUGGGCAAUGCCAAGUGUCUUCGUCAGUCAGGAAAGAGCAUGACCCUUGAAGAGAGAAAGCAAGAUUUCGAACUCAGGAGGUUAGCUAGAGAAAAGAAUGGAGGCAGUAGCAGUCGGGACUGGGUAGUCUUCCGCGGUCAAGUCAAACACGUCUCGGAAUUACCCAGAAGGAACUCGCCCAUAGUGGAUGGUGUUAGAGUCCUUCCCCCCCUUGCCACGUCUGAUCACUCUAUGCUUUCAUUUUCGGUGGAUGCUUCCCUCCCUCCCUCGCACGUGCCUCUACCCAAACCUGACUUUCUCCGGACGGAUUACACAGCCUUAGGUCGCAGCCUUAGUGAAGUUGAUUGGGUACGGGUUUUUGAUGGCUAUACCUCUGCAUCUGAUUUAUAUCGCAGGUUCUGCUUCGUUGUUUACAGGAGCUUAUUUUCAACUGUUCCUUUCCGUUAUCCACGAACAUCCUGGAACACACGUCUGAGUGAUGUUCAUCAAAUCCACUAUGCAAUCGACUCUAUAAAAAAGGAGGGGCAAUUAGCAUCUCGGUCAUUGAAGCAUCUUUUUCUCUAUGUCAAUAACAAGAUCAAGUCUAAUUCACGCUUGCCGUCUAUUGUUGAUGGAAAUGGUUGCUUUUGCCACAGUGAUGGUAGUAAAGCGGUCGCUUUGGGUGAUUAUUUUGCUACCUCCUUCUCAAGUCAGAGUAGUUCUUAUACAGGGCUACACUGCAGUGAGCUUGAUUUCCAUUACACAUGUGAUAACAUCUAUUUUCAUCCUUCCGAUGUUUAUGAGCUGCUCAAACACCUCAAACCCUCGACUUCUGAACCCUAUGAUGGAAUCCCACCAAUUGUCUUCCGUAAGUGCGCCUCAUCGUUAUCUGGACCUUUGGCGCACAUUUUCAACGUAUCCUUCAUGAUGGCUGAGGUUCCUGAGCUUUGGAAAGAAGCAUUGGUCACCGCUAUUCCAAAGGUCUUGCACGCUCAGUCUGUCGGUGAUUUCAGACCUAUUAGUCUCACUUCUACACCAGCCAAAGUAAUGGAGAAGAUUAUACGAGGAAAACUGUUGUCCUGGUGUCGCAGAUUCAGAAUCAUUCCACCGGAACAACAUGGGUUCCUUCCCGGGGCUAGUACGACAACCAACCUUGUCGAGAGUGUAUUUGACUGGUGUCUAGCCUUGAAUCAAGAGUCAAUCACCAGAAGUUACUACGAAUUCUUGAUAGGCUUGGGAUACGUGGCGGUCUGUGGAGGUGGUUGGAGUCUUACUUAUGUUCCCUCAGGGUUGGCUCGGGUUUCUCCAAUAGGCACCUCUGCACCAGUGGUGUGCCACAGGGCGGGAGUCCUCUCCCCGCUUUUAUUCCUUUUGUACACUAUUGAGCUGCCCAAGGUCGUCAAUACCUCAGUAAAUGUUAAAGUGCAGGUCUAUGCUGAUGAUGUUAAGCUGUAUGGUAUCUAUGAUGACAAAAAUCGUGAUGAUGUUUGUGCAGCUCUUAAGCAAUCUGUUGAGAAGCUCAACCACUGGGCGGCAAGUCUCGAUCUGGCAGUGAAUUUAAAUAAGUGUUGUGUGCUCCAUAUUGGUAGUGGAGCCGCUAUGACAUAUGAAGCACUUCCUAGCAACGUAAUGAAGUCUGAAAGUAGUAGAAUUUUCAAGUCUAAGCUUAAAGAAAUCGAUUUGGUCCGUGUAUUAGGAGUGGACGUUCAUCAAUAA